AAAGAAGAGCCAAAACCAAAACCUUGUUGUGUUUGCUUGGAUGAAAAGAAGCAAAGAGAUGAGUGCUUAUUAUUCAAUGGACAAGAAGGUGGUAAAUGUGAUGAUUUGAUCCAAAAAUAUAAGACUUGCAUGAAAGGCUUCGGAUUUGAGACU